AAAAUUAUCUCGUUUCAAGUAUAUAUAUAUAUACACAAUUGCCGAAUCUAUGGCGGCUGCAGUUUCUUCAUCUUCACUUAAUAAGGUUGGGUAUACAUUAUCGAUGAUGAUUUUGCUUAGCUUGUUGGUGAUAAUAAUAACAGGUCCGGCCGAGGUAGAAUCAGCCGCAAUCACGUGCAGCGCAGUUGUGACGAGGAUCACUUCGUGCAUCGGUUAUGUCCAAAGAGGCGGUGAGGUGACACCUGCAUGCUGCGACAGUCUGAAAUCACUGAACGACGAAGCCAAAACAACGGCCGAUUUGCAAGCCGCAUGCAGGUGUCUCACGGCGCUUAUACCUAGCGUUUCGCCUAACCCUAGUUUGAUUAACAGCCUUCCCGAUAAAUGCGGCAUCCCUUUUCCGUACCGAUACACCCCAUCGCUCGACUGUUCAAAGUAAGAACAAUAUUAUUCAACACUGUAACAAGAACAAAGCUUUCUCUUUCACACACACACACACACACACACACACACACACACA